GUUCCUUUUCCGUUUGGCAACACUCACAGCAGUGGUUGUUUUCUGGUGGCGGGGAAAAAGUACGAGUAACAAACGGUUCAGCUGAUGGUCUCUUGGAUUUCACAUAAACAUUCAGCUAAUUAAUUUGACAUUAAUAUGGCCCCAGUGAAAAUUAAACACGUCGUUUCAUUCACGUCACAGGACCCCAAGAACUGUGUGGAGAACCUAUGCGUUGUGGGUGGAGACAGCAGGUCGUGGCUGUGCAACCCCCAAGACCGAAGUGGAGUCCUCAGAGCAGAACUGCAGCUGGAGCGAGCCUCAUACUUUGGAUACAUCGAUGUGGGGAACUGUGGAUCUGCGUUCAUUCAGAUUGAUGUCGGCCGGUCCUCUUGGCCCCUGGACCAGCCCUAUAUCACCCUGUUGCCAACAGCAACACUGAUGAGUCCAGCAGAAUCGCGACAGGGCACUGGGCUGACAGGAGUGAGAAUGUUCAAGAAAGGUGAUUUCCUGUCAGAAGGUGCAGAGGACAGCUGGGACCGGGUGAGAGUAACCUGCACCCAGCCUUUUAACAAGCGCUCUCAGUUUGGCCUGUCCUUCCUGCGCAUCCGCAGCCCCAUGGAGGAGAGCGAGGAGGGCUCCACACAGACUUUCAAAGAGAACCAGGGUCAGACAACCCCAGACAAAUCAGCAUCAGGCGUGAGAGAAUGGCUGUCGAGCCCUGCUGUGCAGAGAACCUUCUUUGGGGGAGCGAAAGGGGAGGGUAUGGUUCUGAGCCGGACAGCUCGUAUGGUCCUCACAGCGUCCCAGGCUGCCAGGCGUUCCCUUUCCCUUCCUUCCACUUCCUUGUCUCCCAGUCACACAUCAUCCUCUGGCACUCAGAAUACAGAAACCUCUUCCCCUCCCACAGCCAAGCCAGAUGCAACUACUCAUAUCCCCAACCAGGGAAAGCCAGGGGCUCAUACAGCUACACACAACAAAGGCAAGCCAGUUGGAAAUAUGGGAAAUAUACACCCUCACACAGCUUCAAUGGCUUGUUUAAGCACAGUUCGCAGCUCCAAGGAAAAUACUUCUCAAAGACAGCUGAAGAGAAAACCAAACUCCAAAAGCAGGCAGAACCAGCUGAAUGGCACCACCUCUAGUAAGCACGGAAAACCUGCAGUCUCAAACCUGGCGACGGCAUCAGCUGGAGGCCCUCAACCUGUCCAUCCACCUGGGCAACAGUUUGACUUCUGCCAGGUCCAUGAGGCUCUACUGGUCGCCGUCGACACCAACCAGCCCUGUGUGGUGAAGAGGCUCCUCCACUGCCUGGACCAGGAGGAGAGCAACAAGAUGGACGUGCAAUCCUUCUCCCUGACCAUCUUCGACCACUCCAUUGACGACUUUAUGGCCUAUCUGUCCAUCACCUCAUACAAUGCCAUGCUCAGUGCCUUCGGCCUCGGAAGGGAGAUCCGUAAGCUUCCAAGAAGGAACCUGAGUUCAAGGUUAGAUCCUCCUCAGUACCUGUGUCUGGAGGAGCUGUGCCAGGAGUUUGCGGUGGAGCUGCUGGGGAUUGUUAAGGUGGGGCCAGAUGGAGCAGAACAGGAGGUGGUGGGGCCAGAUGGAGCAGAACAGGAGGUGGUGGGGCCAGAUGGAGCAGAACAGGAGGUGGUGGGGCAGGAUGGAGCAGAACGGGAGGUGGGGCAAGAUGGAGCAGAACAGGAGGUGGAGCCAGAUGGAGCAGAACAGGAGGUGGUGGGGCAGGAUGGAGCAGAACGGGAGGUGGGGCAAGAUGGAGCAGAACAGGAGGUGGAGCCAGAUGGAGCAGAACGGGAGGUGGGGCCAGAUGGAGCAGAGGGGACGAAGCAGAGGAAGGUCAAGGUGAUGGAACUGAAGGAGAAAAGAGUGGUGGGGAAAAUCAACAUGACCGAGAGGUGGAUUAAGGGCCCGGGGAGGGCGUUGGAGAAUGUGACUAAGAAGGCUGCCACAGCUAGCGUGGUGGUGGAGAAUACUGCCAGGGCUAGGGUGAAGAUCCUGGUGGAGAAGGUGGUUCCCGACCGACCGAUGGCAGCAGAAGCUCACAGGACACUGUCUUCGGCUUGCAGGAGGGGGAGGGGUCCAUCAACGGAGGACCAAUGA